GAAAUUUUGGAGGAAAAGUAAAAGAAAGAAGAAAAGGUGACUGAACAGACGCAAGCAAGCGAGUGGUGUCGUUGAUUUUUUCGCAAACGUCUCAAUUUCUUUAGAAAAUCUUUUCAUUUAUUUAUAUUUACAAUAUAGAAGUGUAGAAAAAUGCAGUUUUGGAGCACUCGAAAAUGUCGCUGCUUAGCAAUUUUUAUGGUAAUUUACGUCCUUUAUAAUCCUACGGAUUCUGGAGCUGUCGACAUGACCAGUGAAAAUGUUGACAUGACACUAGCGUCUAACGAAUUGGUUUUCCUUAAUUUCUACGCCGAAUGGUGUCGCUUCAGUAAUUUACUAGCGCCAAUUUUCAAUGAAGCUGCUGAUAAGGUGAAAGAGGCUUUUCCCGAACCUGGAAAAGUAGUGCUCGGUAGAGUCGAUUGUGAUCGCGAAACAGCAAUUGCAUCUCGUUUCCAUAUAACCAAAUAUCCUACACUCAAAGUGAUACGCAAUGGACAGUUGAGUAAACGUGAAUAUCGAGGGCAACGCUCGGCCGAGGCAUUUUUAGAUUUUGUGCGAAAACAACUUGAGGAUCCAAUUAAAGAGUUUUCAUCAUUGAAAGAUUUAGAGAAUCUUGAUUCGAGGAAACGUAUAAUUAUAGGCUAUUUCGAUCGCCGUGAUCAGCCAGAGUAUAACACUUUCCGCAAAGUGGCUACAAAUCUGAAAGAAGAUUGUCAAUUUCACGUUGGUUUUGGUGACGCAGCGCAGGCCAUGCAUCCGCCAGUUGUGGACGGUAACAGCAUUGAAAGAGGUAAUGCGCUUUUCAAUAUCAUUAUAGGUAAAAUAUGUAAAUUUUAAUUUCGUUUUUAGUUUAAAUUUGCUUUCCAUUUUUCACAUAUGCUUUGUACUAUACAUAUGUAUAGUAUUUGCACUACAAUUUUUUAGUUAGUUAAAAAUUCAGAAUUUCUCAAUGUGUGUAAAAGCGAAGAUAUGUAUAUAGAUAUAGAUAUUUACUAUUAUUUUCAUAUUGGGUUUCAUCAUUCAAAUUAAUCCAUUUAAUAAUUAUGUGUUAACGAAGUU